AUGGAUGAAGAGGUUAGCGCUUUGCACAUUGCAAGCUUCCUUGAGCACGAUGAAGAACUCAAUACCAAGGAGAUUAUGUACAAUCUGGAGACGGUAGUUAGCCGUCCCGAUCGCACCUUGCUCGACUGUUUUCUGCGAAUUGUCGAUGGGGAAUACCUAACGGUGCGGGUGGAUGGUGAGAGGGAUCCGUCGGAGUGCUUUGAUCUAUGCUAUAUCGACGAUGUUCACGGGUACUCUUGGGCUCGCAAGGGUGCUGAGUAUCCCCACCUCUUUGUGUUCCGUUUCCUCGCGCGUACCGUCACUGAUGGUGAAGCUCCAAACGAGGUGCACAUUUUCAGUCUGAGCGAGAAACGUAUUCUUCAUUGGGUCAUUGAUGUUGUCAACGAGGCUGCGGACAAUGCUAAGCGCUUAAACAAGCAGUCCAAACCUCGAUAUCAGCCAACACGUACAAUGUCGCGAAAGAAGGACGCCAUUAGUCAGCCUGAACGGAUUAAACGCCAUGCGAGAGAGUCCUCUACAGUGGGAACCAAAGGAAAAUUGGAGGAGUUAAACCAACUCUUUGAUGAAAUUGAAGGCUUUGAAAACCUCUUACACGAUGCAGUCUCGUUCCAAGUCACCGGAGCUAAUAAAGUUGAUCGGACACUGUGGCGCGACAGUCUGACCCCACCCUCGUACGAGGCUGCAUUGGCCCAUGUGGAACGUAUUCGGAAUUGCAUCAAUGUAACGGCCGAUCUGCGAGACCACAUCAAAGAUCCAGGCCCGGGAGAGUUGCUCAAUCGGCUCUUUGAGUCGUUGUGGUGGGUACAGAAGAUCUGUGACGGUAACCGUGUUCUCCACUACGAUCCCAACCUCGUACGGUCAGUAUGGCGACCUGCCUUCACCGAAAGAGCCAUUCGUGCCCUUUCCGAUUACCUUCAGGCUGGUAACAAGUCCUUCUGGCAGUCUCUUGGCGAUGCCUGGACUGUCGCCGGGUGA